GCCCCCUUCCCCUCCUCCGUCCUUCCUCUUCACCGCUUCCUAGCCUUACUAUUACUAGAAAGAAAGGGAGAGGGGGAGACGAGGACGAAUUACCCGGGGAGAUAUACAUGUUUUUAGGGAUGGCCUUGUCGGAGAUUCAGGCCCGCGGUGAGGGUUCCGGCUAUUGCGGCAGCGAAAGGAGGGUCUCCCUGGCGGAGCUGCAGGGAAUCAUGGAUCGCAUUAGGUAUGGAACGGGGGAGCAUAAGGUCCAGGCGGCGUUGGAGAUCCGGAGGCUGACGAAGACGUCUUCCAGGAAUCGGCGAAAUCUCUCCGCCGCCAUCGAGCCCCUCGUGUCGAUGCUUCGGUUUGGAAGCUCCGGGUCCAGCGAGGCUGCCAUCCUCGGACUCCUGAAUCUUGCUGUUAAGGAUGAAAGGAAUAAGAUCAGCAUAGUGGAAGCAGGUGCACUCGAACCACUAAUUGUUUUCUUAGAGUCCACAAAUUCUGAUUUACAAGAAUAUGCCACUGCUGCACUCUUUACCCUUUCUGCUGCAUCAGUCAACAAAGCCAGCAUAAGUGCCUCUGGAGCCAUCCCUCUCCUUGUCAACGUCCUUAAAGAUGGAAGCCAGCAAGCCAAGAAAGAUGCCGUUGCGGCUCUCUACAAUCUCUCCACCAUCACAGAUAACCUCAAAACUAUCCUCUUACUCCAUCCUAUCCCUCCUCUGAUCGGCUUUCUCAAGACCCACAAGAAGUCCUCGAAAACAGCUGAAAAAUGCUGUGCCCUUCUGGAAUCGUUGGUUGGUUUUGAUGAAGGGAGAACUGCAUUGAUGGCCGAGGAAGCUGGGGUGCUCACGGUGGUGGAAAUUCUUGAAGAAGGAUCUCUUCAGAGCAGAGAGCAUGCAGUUGGAGCCCUCUUAACGAUGUGUGAGAGCGACCGAAGUAGAUACAGAGAAGUCAUUCUCAAAGAAGGCGUCAUUCCAGGUCUUCUUGAGCUCACCGUUCAAGGGACAUCGAAAUCUCAAGGCAAAGCCCAUCGACUCCUAGAGUUAUUGAGGGACUCUCCGUAUCCGAGAUCUGAAUUACAAGCGGAUACGCUGCAGAAUAUUGUUAGUAGCAUCGUGUCUAAGAUCGACGGCCACGAGCAAGCUGAAAAGGCAAAGAAAAUGCUAGCUGAGAUGGUUCAGAUUAGCAUGGAGCAGAGCCUGAGGCAGCUGCAGCAAAGAGCACUCAUGUGCACUCCAUCCGAACUACCUGCUGGUAAGCGUCGAUCUGAAGUCUCUUCAAAAUGAGAAACUUUCUUUUCCUACAAGCGUUAUCGUUUGUUCUCUGUCCUUAGUGCUUAAGUGGUGAGCACAUAAUAACGUAACAUGAUGAUGCCAGUCCAGGCUGCUAAUGGUAUCGGGUGACUGGUGAAGCGCAAGCCAAGCGCUGUUAGUUUGAUCUCAUAUGUUCUUUUUUAUGUUACCUCUUUAUGAUCCCAAAGUAUAUUCCUGAUCUAUUUGUGUUACAAUUCUAUAGCGUAGCCAAUUGCAGUCUCAUAUUUUAGUGUUCA